AGCAUGUUAAGCUUUUCUUUAAAACUUGAUUGUGAAUCGUAUUACAAAUAAUUUAAAUAUUCAGUUACAAUAAAUAGGUUUUAAAAUAAAUGGGUUUUUUUUAUCUUAAUUAUAUCUGCCACCUGCCGGAUGCUGGAGUGUAUUUGCCACGUUGCGGUAGACAACAGACUUAACGCCCCACACAAACACACACACACACACACACCGGGACAAGGAUGUAGUUUACAUUCCUCCACGCACGGUGGUGGACGGCGGACAACUUCUGACUGCUUAUUUGAACACCCACCUGCGUGUCAGGUUUCUCUCAGGUGGAGCCGCCAAACAGAGACUCACCCGGCGGCUGUAAAAUGUUAACUGACGUGAUUCUGGAGGAAGAUUUUGACAAGAAUGGAGAGGCGUGGUACGACCCACGCGAUCUGGAACAUGAUCUCCACUUGGCAGCGGAGCUCGGGAAAACCCUGCUGGACCAGAACUGUGAGCUGGAGCAGGCCCUGCAGCAGAUGUACUCCACCAACAAGGAGCAGCUGCAGGAGAUAGAGCACCUGAACAAGCAGGUGGACCUGCUGCGUCAGAUGAACGACCAGCACGCCAGAGUGUACGAGCAGCUAGACGUGGCCGCCCGAGAUCUGGAGCAAGGCAACCUGAGGCUAGUGCAGGACAGCCGCCUGGCCCAGCAGAAGAUCCACAGUCUGACAGAGACUAUCGAAGGGCUUCAGACCUACAUGGAGGACCUGCAGACCCAGGUGGAGGAGCUGAAGACUGCCCAGGCGGAGCGAAACAAAAGAGAGCUGGCAGAGCAGCGACGCCACCUGGGAGCACAGAGUGUGUCCUGCCUCAAAGAGCUGUAUGACUUACACCAUGACAGGCAUCCGGCCCACGAUGGUCCGCGCGUGGAUGGACUCUGGUCCCUGCAGGGCUCUUUCUAUGACAGAGACAGACGCCAAGACCCGGAGGGGGAGAACGCAGCUCUCCAGCGCUCCGUCCAGACCCUUCAGAGCCAGAUAGCUGUGGAGCGGAGCUGCAGGGAGGCUGCAGAGCAAGAGAGUGAGUUGACUUCCAGGGAGAACAGAGGCCUGGAGCAGCGGUUGGACUCGCUGGCCGGCUGCCGAGCCAGGAAGAAGGAGCUGGAGGCCGAAGUGGAGCAGCUGCGGCUUCUGUGGCGCGCUGACCGUGCCAACAGUAUCAGAAGACCGGAGCAGCUGCUGCUGCCUGAUGAAGUAUUCUUUGCCUCAGAAGACAGACCCAGCCCAGGGCAGGACGAGAUCGAGCAGAAGGUAGAAAAGGACGAGGAGCAGAGACAAUACAUCCGGCAGAUGUGCAACAGCGACAGCGUUUUGAGAGCGGCGAGCGCAGACGAGAUUCGCCGCGGUCACGAGCAGCUGUGUAUAAGGCGAGCGGAGGCGGUGAAACAGAGGGGCAUCUCUCUGCUAAACGAGGUGGAUGCACAGUACAGCGCACUGCAGGUGAAGUAUGAAGAGCUGCUGCGGCGGUGCCAGCAGGCAGACGGGCCAAGCCAUAAAGCCGUGCAGACGCCCAACGGUCCCUUAGCGAGCAGCCGGACCCGCCGCCGCCGGUCGUCUGCUGCUCCGUCUGAUCCGACAGUGGUUCUUGACGGCCAGCAGCCCGAGUACAAGGCUCUCUUCAAGGAGAUUUUCACCUGCAUCCAAAAGACCAAAGACGACCUCGGCACCAGCAGAGGUCCAGUGGACGACGGUGACGCCCAAGGAUGAUUGUGUUAUUCAUAAUCCUGGGACUUACACUGGUCUGUCUGUCAAAGUUUGUUGACAAAAGGAGAAACUUGGAGGUUUGCUUUGUUGUAAAAAAUAUCCAGAGGGUGCAGAUGCAAUAUCUUUGGCAAUUUACAAUCCUCUUAUCUCCUGUCAUUUUGAUACGUCUAUGCUUUUGUUAGUCAGCACUGUUCCCUUUAUUCCGUCCUCAUCAAAAAAUGAAGUGUUAUAAAAUGUGUUACAUAAAGCAGCUUUGUGAUUUGAUGUCAUUUUACAAGUUCAACAACACAUUUGAAAAAAAACUGAAACCUAUAGAUGAAAGAAUUAUUGUAUUGGGAGAUAUGUAUAGUAAGAAUAAAAUGUUAUACGUUACGUAUGACUUAUUUAAACAGGAAUGUUGUAAUAGGAUGAAAAACUGUAGCUUUGUAAUACCUCAAGACUCAGGAGUUUAUGAUAAUUAGCUUAACAGCUAACGUGAGUUGGUUUUGUAAGUUGGCAAUAGUUGGUUCACCAGUUGAGGGCCAUUGGCGUGUCACCAGAGAAAUAUUAGUGGACACUAGAAUACUGUCUUUAUAUCAGAAAGACACAUAACAGCUCUGCACUUUUUAUGACUAAAUCCUAUUUUAUUUAUUUAUUUCAAAGAAGUUCAGUGAAAAUUAAAAUAUAUUUAUUUUCUUUGUUGUUAAAUAUGCAGAGCAGAUUGGUCAGCUGAGUAAGUAAUACUAACACUGAGGUGCUUAUUUUCUGGAUGUUUAUAUUCUGUCUGUUGCAGGUUAUGGAAAAACAACACAGAGGCAAAAAUAUUCCCUUGUUAAUUAACAAUUUCCUGCUUCUGACUUGGACAUUUCCUGCUCUUAAUGUAGAACUGAAAUUGUGUUGAUCAGGUUACCAUGAACAAUGGAAACACUUCAAUUUCACUUUCCAUGUGAUGUGACGAUCAUGUGAAAGAAGAUGCUCAAUUGACAAUGCUGAUGUAAUAACAUACAGUUGCGUAUAGUGUGGCAUUUAGCAAUGUGCUGUUUUUGAAGCUGUGAAACUUUUCUUCUAACUAGUUAUUAAAACAUUGAUGCAACAGCCUGUUGACUUUUCACUGAGUCUAAUGUCGAAAACACCAACUGUGGCAUGACCAGUGCGUGCAUUUGAAAGCUGAAUUGUGGGCGCUGUAGCAAGAGAGAAAGCAUCACUACGUAGUUUGUGUGUGUGUGUGUGUGUAGAGAUGUUUCAACCUGUCCUCCAACGCAACAGCAGAGAAGCAUUUUCUCUCCAACAGAACCCAGAGGAAUCCUCGUUCUUGGAAGUCCUCCAUCCCCCAGCGAACUCUGAGGUCCAGCAAACAAUUAAUGGGGCUUUGUCUGUUUUCAUAAUUAGGUUUUACAUAACUGAGAUUUCCCGACCAUGCUUUCAAAUCCAAUAAACCUCCAAACAAGGGGAUUGCAUACCAGCAUGACUAAAUGGGACAGGUCUCGGCAAGACCGUAAGCACACAAGCAGACAUCUUACAA